AUGUGCAUUUGGACAUUGUUUUUAGAACAAUGUUUGACUCUUUCAAGUUUUCUUUGGACCAUCUUGAUUUUAUAAAAAAGUUGUUUACUGACUAGAUACCCAAUUUAAAUAGCUUUAGAAUAUCUAAAGACUAAUUAAUUUACACUCUAAGCUAUAAUUGCAUUUGGAUUGCCAAUAAUCGCUUCAUCAUUAAUUUUUGUAAAAUUAAAUAUUUGUCAACUUGAUACGCUCACAUAAGUUUCGACAAAACUAUUCUGGGCAAUACAAUCGAUUUUAACAAUAAUAUUCAUUGGAAUAAUCGCCUAUCAUAUCAUAAGGGUUCAUUUGAAUUGCAAGUUUGUAAAGAAUAUAGAAUAAAUUAAGGCCAAAUUAUACUUAGAAAUUUUAUACUGCCCCAUAAUAUUACUGUUUUCAUUACCGUGGAUUGUGUAUACAAUUUUCAAUUUUGAAUUAGAUAAUUCUGAGGAUGUGAAAAUCCUUCAAGGGUUAUUUCUUUUAAAAAACUCGUAAAUGAUUUUCAGUACUUUUCUUUUUGGAUAAAAUUCGGCAUUCCAAGUGGCUUUCCUUGAAAAUGCAUGCCCAAUUUUAAGAAAAACUUAUUUGGCAAAAUAUGAUUUUGAAAAAAAAAAUAAUUAGUCAUAAACUUUAAACAUCGAAAUUUGUAAUACUUUAUGUGCACAAUUAUUGAUAAAAUGA